UGCAGUGACACAAAAAAAAAACCCCAAAACAUUGCGUUUUACUUUUUUGCGUAUAAAACUUGCACGCAACUGAUUUGUAUUAGUAUUCGUUUUAUAACUGCAUAAAACUGCUGGCAAUAUGUCGAGAGUUUAUUUAUUGCCAGUUGCAGUCUUCCUCAUAUUCCAGGUGACAUUCCUGGGCACGUAUAUUGUGGCUGUCCUGGAGGGACAUGUGGUGCCCACAGUGCCGUAUAUAAGCGAUGCAGCCACAUAUUCGCCAGAAAGUUGCAUUUUCGGUCAACUAAUUAACAUUGGCAGUGUUCUAUUGGGAAUUACAAUUUAUGUGCGAUAUCGGCAUGUUCUGCAAUUAUUCGAACAUCAUCCGGAUCUGGAUAGCGCUGUGCUACGUCACAAUCGUUUGGCUUUGUGGUUUGGCAUGUUAUCCUGUCUGGGCAUCAGUUUUGUGGGUAACUUUCAGGAAACCAAUGUCCGUAUUGUUCACUUCAUUGGCGCCUUCUGCUGCUUUGGCUGCGGCACAUUAUACUUCUGGAUGCAAGCUCUGAUCACGUAUAUGAUAUAUCCAAUGGCCGGCACCAGAUUAUCAGCUCAUUUACGUCUGGGCAUGUCCGUCUGCUGCACGAUUCUAUUCAUAAUGCUGGCUGUCACUGGAGUCAUGUCACAUAUACUAUUCAACGGACAAAAUCCACGAAAAUGGUAUCCCUCGGAUGGUGGCUGGUAUUAUCAUGUAAUUAGCACGAUUUCGGAAUGGAUUAUUGCCACGAUCUUUAGCUUUUUCAUUCUCAGCUUUACGCCAGAGUUUAGGGAUGUCUCCGUUGAUCAUCCACAAAUCUCGUUGCUCUCAAACACAAUGACAGUAUAGAUGUGAUAUAUAUCUUUUAUGUCGAUAUAACCUAUUAUUUGAACAUCCAAUAUUGGAUGACACUUACAAUUGCCGUUAACCUUAAAGCGGGCAAUCCCAGAUGAGCUGCUCCGUCUGCCCAAAUCAAUCAAAUCAAACUUAUUGACUAAGGCCCAAUAUAUAGAGUAGAGUAGAGUAGAGAGUGUAGUUCAAAUAUAACUCAAAAACUGUUCAUUAUUGUACAUAAUUGUGGAUAUAUCACGGUAGUUUUGUGCGACAAGCGAUCGGAUAUCAUCCAUCGAAUUUGAUUAUUUAAACCGUGUUUUAACAGCUGAAAUGAAGUUUAAAUAAAUCUGUUCGUGAGUUGAUAGAGAA